ACAUACAUUUAUCAAUGCUUUGAUUGUUUUCAUAUGAAAAUCAAACGUUGAUUCUAUAUUGCUUCACACCUGUUUUGGCAAACCAGUGUGCAGGAAGGCACUCAGACCUGUUGUGUCCUGUAAAUCACCUGUGUUUUUUGAAGAACAAUAGUACUUCCCCACCAAGCGGUUUCCCCCUUUUAAGACGGCCAAACAUUCCUUCAGUGUUCCGUUUUGACCUCUACAAGUCCAUCGUUAUCUGAUACACGAUCAACACUACCCAGCAUGAAGGUGAUCUGGGUCCUCUGCUCACUGUGAAGGCCUGCCCCUGAGCUGAUAGACCAGCCGUCCCGGCCGGGCCACCCUGCUCUAGGGUUGCAUUAUUGAAGAUCUUGAUGCACGAAGGUGAUGGCAGAGCCAGUUUCCUGGUUACCAGGGCAACCUCGUCUCCUCUUCCCACUCUCCCAAGGAGAGUCAUGGAGCUCCACGGGAUGCUGGGGAUCGAAGGGGAUUGUGGGAUGCAGGGGUUGCUCUCCCCCAGUCCUCGGAGCGAGGCUGUAGCCCAUGAGCUGGAGGAGUUGUCGCUGCAGCUCACCCCGAACCUGCCCCCCCUCAAUGAACGGAAGAAUGUUCUUCAGCUCAGGCUGCAGCAGAGGAGGACUCGGGAGCAGCUCGUAGAUCAGGGCAUCAUGCCACCCCUGAAGAGCCCUGCUGCCUUCCACGAGCAGAUCCGGAGUCUGGAGAGGGCCAGGACUGAAAACUUCCUGAAGCACAAAAUCCGGAGCCGGCCUGAGCGGUCAGAGCUGGUCAGAAUGCACAUCCUUCAGGAAACCCUGGCUGAGCCCUCUCUGCAGGCCACUCAGAUGAAGCUGAAGCGGGCUCGCCUGGCCGAUGACCUCAAUGAAAAGAUCGCGCAGAGACCCGGGCCACUGGAGCUGGUGGAGAAGAACAUCCUGCCUGUCGACUCCAGCCUCAAAGGAGCCAUCGUUGAUGGUGAGGUGGACUACCCCAAGACACGAGACGUUUACUUGUUUGACGAAGACAGCAGCGACGCCUUGUCUCCGGAGCAACCGGCCAGCCAGGAGUCCCAGAGCUCUGCGGCCUCCCCUGGAGAGCACAAAAUCAGCGAGGCCUCGUCCCCGCUUCCCAACUCCACCCUGCAGUACUGCCCCCAAGUCUCGCUGCCUUCAGACUUCCUGAAACCUGGGUCUUCUGCUGAGCAUCACACCGGUCGCUUGGCAACCAAUUCAUUCCAGCCAACCAGCACUGUAGCUCCUUCAAAACCAACCCCUACACUUGUAAAGCAGAGCCAGCCAAAGACAGCGAGUGAGAGGAGCCGCAGUAAGAAGGGCCGGGAGGCCAAGCCGCGGGUGAAGAAGCUCAAGUACCACCAGUACAUCCCUCCCGACCAGAAGGCAGAGCCCAGCGAGGCGCCCAUGGACUCGUCGUACGCACGCCUGCUCCAGCAGCAACAGCUCUUCCUGCAGCUCCAGAUCCUCAGCCAGCAGCAGCAGCAGCACUACAACUACCAGGCCAUCCUGCCUGCACCACUCAACAGGCCUGCGACCGACAAUUUGAAUACCUCCUUGAACAACAACAUCCCCGCCUCCAUCGUCAUUGCCUUGCCAACUAGCGGCACCCUGCGGCAAAAAAGCAGCCUGGCCAAUCGAAAGCCAGGACCACUGCCUGCUAAUCUGGAUGAUAUGAAGGUGGCCGAGCUAAAGAUGGAACUAAAACUGAGGGGGCUGCCAGUGUCCGGCACUAAAACGGACCUCAUCGAGCGACUGAAACCCCACCAGGAAAACUCUACCACCAUCUCCACAAGGGGCACCAUGACCACUACUAUCUUCUCUGGGUCAGCUGUGGAAGUGCUCACAUCAGCCUCUUUACAGACACCCUUUGCUAAAGAACAUUGGCAGCACUCUAGCCAGCUGGACAGCAUGAGCUCCACGCCGCCCGUGUCCCCCGUACCCUCGGAGCUGUCCAGCCUGAACACAGAGGACAGCAGGUCCAUGGACACCUUCAGUGAGAUCAUGGGCGUGGCCCCUGCUCAUGCCUCUGGGGCCUCCCCCCGCAAAGGGAAUGGCGAGGACUCGGGCAUGGAGCUGGAGUCGUCUAUCAAGGACCGCAAACUCCACGAGAAGGAGCUGCAGAUCGAAGACCUCAUGAAGAAGCUGGAGCAGGAGCAGAGGCUGGUGGAAGAACUUAAGAUGCAGCUGGAAGUGGAAAAACUAAGCCAAUCGCAACAAACAGGCAUUGCUGCCCAGCAAAAUCACUCUGGGGCAGCAGAGAUCAAGGAUGAGAGCAGAAUGUCCCCCAAUUGCUCGUCUUUCCACCCAGCAUCCCGGUCUCCGGUGGUCCAGCAGACACCCAUGUUGAUCAAGCAGGAGCAGGAGCAGCCUCCACAGGCAGCUUUAGCCCAAGGCUCAGCCUGCCUGCAGCAGUUCUUUGUCAGCCACCAGAGGGUGCCCCAGGUCAUUGGGCAGCCUCAAACCUUGCUGACAACACAGCCCGGGACACGGCUUCUCCUGCCAGUUUCCCUCUCUGGCACCAACACAACCAUCCAGCUGCCAACAGCUAAUGUGAAACCCCAGCAGCCGCAGCAAGUUCUUCAGGCCGCUGCCCCUGCUUCAGCCCCAGGCCUCAUCCAGGCCUCCAUCCCCCAGAUUCAGCCGCAGAAACAGGAGGCCUUGUCCCCUCAGCAGCUCCUUAACCAAAACCACCACACCUCAAAGGCAUUCCCCACCUGCACCACAUCCAGUGCUGGGUUUCAGUUCCAGAGCCAUCCAGUGACUGUUGACCCACAGCGUUUCCUCAACAGCUCAGCAGAGAGCAGGCUGGCAACACAGGGCUCCCCAGGCCACACGCUGCACAACGGACCCACGCACAAGCCGGGCUCCCCAUCCCAGCCCCAGCCCCAGUCCCAGCUUCGGCCCCAAUUCAUCUCAGUGUUUGGAAACCCCAUCCACAAGAACAAGGACCCUCCCCGCUAUGAGGAGGCCGUGAAGCAGAGCCGGAACAUGCAGGCCCCCCCGCAGCCCCAGGUUCCCACGGCAACCAGCCAGCAGAUGGAUGACCUGUUUGACAUCCUGAUCGAGAGUGGAGAGAUUUCUCCGUUCUUGAGGGAGGAGUCCCCUACCAAGCUGAUGCCUGUGACUGCCAGCAUCACCACCCUGCCAAUCAACACUGUGCUGUCCCGCCCACCCCAACGGGUCCAGAUGGCCCCUUCACUGACCCUCGACCCCGUCUCCAGCCUUUCGCUCGCCUCGGAGAAUCAACUGGAGGCCUUCCUGGACGGGGCCCCCCACCUCGGCUCCAGCCGAGAGCACUUGUCCCUCAUCGAGGACCUGCAGAGUCAACUGCUGAGCCAGUCGGGCUCCCUGAGUCAACCGCACUCCCCCAUGGACAUCCAUGAACUGCCGUUCUCCACAGACAGGGGGCCCAGUGUUGGCUUUGACCUCCACGACCCUAAUCUGGAUAAUAUGGAGUGGCUGGACCUUACCGUACCCGGACCGUCUAGUAGUCUGGCCCCUCUAGGCAUGGCCCCGCCCGGGGGAGUCUUCUCGGACUUUCUGGACACUCACAACCUCCAGCUACCCUGGGAAUGAAGUGGUGCAACUCUCUGGCUCUCCAAACAGAUGCUUGUUGUUUUAGUUUGUUCCUUUCACUUUUUUUUUUUUUUUUUUUUUUUCUAAAAUGAAACAAAACCAGAUGCUGAAGUGUUUAGGCUGGCGUCUGGCCUCAUUUCAGCUCAAGUUUCGAAAUGGAGACGCCAACAGGUUUUGUAAAUAUAGAUCCUGUUGAGUUGUUUUUUUUUCUGUACCUGGGAUGCAUUUUGAGUUUGUGGGUAAGUACAAUGCCAGCAGUCUGUCUGGUGUGAAAGGAUGGCAUUGAGGUCUGUCAGAGCUGGGAUCCCUUGUCUCCUAGUGAGAGGGGUGGCAGGGUAGAAGAUUCAAGACAAAUGGUCUCUUCUGAAAACUGAAAUGUGGGAGAGUUUUCUGCCUUGGUCAUCCCUCCCUGCGGUCUUGGGCAUUUGAGAAGGGGACAGUAUUUUGGUCUAUUUUAAAUGUGUGCCAAGCAAAUCUGGGCAGCCUGUACCUUAAGCCCGGAGAUAAAGAUGUGCCUUCCUGCUGUCAGAAACAGGUGGCACAUCUUUAGGGUUUAGAUCCUAUUCUCUUCUGCGUGCGAGACUGGAUAGCAAUUGGAGACCUUGAGUUCACCCCUGGGUAUUUAUUUGUAUUUAUUUUGAAUUUUCCAGGCAGAAAUGAAAUGCUUUGGUUUACCUCUGUCAUUCAAACACAGUUCUGCAAGAACAGCUGGAUUGCUUUAAGGCUCAGGGAGGUGCAGUGGUAUAGCCGUAGCACACAGUACUACCAUACAGUGCCAUUGAUUUGAAGUGUCUCUAUAGCUAUAUUUGAGUUAAUAUCCUCCCUUGUCGUCUGUACCAGUAAGAUAUCAAGUAAAGGCAGGAGCCACUUUUAAAGUAGCUUGUACAACAGGAUACUUUAGGGUUGUUUUUAUUUUUUCCAAUCUCAAGCAGUUCCGCUUUGGAGGUGUUGAGCUUUAACUGAGAUUGAUCAUGGUAAGAUGCCCCAGUUGGUGGAAAAUUUGCAUUAAAAAAAUUUGUGACAGUUAGAGGCCUUUGUAAAUCUUGUAAAUAACCUGCUUUUUAUCCUUUUAGCUGCUGUACAGACAGAAGGAAGUUGGUUGGACUGUUGGUUAGAGAGGGAAGGGGUGACCCUAGAUGCCAGUGUGUGGUGCUACUGUACUAUACUGUACUGGACUGCACUGGUUCUGAAAUUUGACUCCAUAAUAAUACAUUACUUUGGAGCAAGAUCAUUUCCAUUGUCCAAGGCCCUGUUGCAAAAGUUUGUAUAAAAUUAAAUGCUAGCAUUGGGUUCAAUGCAAUGUAGUCUGACCUACUACGGCCUUGCACACUGAGCGGUUAAUACAGUAUCAACAGCACACCUACAUCUUUGUGUACAAGGUACUGUAAUCUGAAACCAUAGAUUCAGUCUUGACUUCCCAGUUUAAAAUCCAGACAUUCAGUUUAAGCUGUCACUUGCAUUGAGAAACAGUUGCCCCCCCCCCCACAGGUCAUUGUUCAUAAAAUAAUUGUUUAGGAUGCUAUAAUUGUAUCUUUAGAAUUGUGGCUAAUAGUAAAUGUGACAGGAAGGGGAAGUGCACUUUGAAUUGCCAGUAGAUUUUUCUUGUAAAUAUAGAUUUAAAUCCUGUAUACGCAAAUCAUUGUCCUGAUGUAUUUUUCAGCAUGUGACUAUAAUAGAAUAUGUACAGUGUUUUACAAGAAACGGCAGACUGCUGCAGAACAGAGAGAGCAGGGGAAAUGUUUCUGAAAAGAUCGUGGAGUAGACCAGUGCACAGGGGUUUUCAUUUUUCAUACCAGGUUCCCCUCAGUUUUGCUUAUCACCCAAAGACAUUGUGCAUUUGGAAGUCAGUUUAGUUCAAACAAGGUCCAGAAAAAACAUAUAAAGAUGCAUACCAGAGCACCACUGGAACUUUUUUUUUUUUUUAAUUCUUCAGAUGUGCGUUCUACCCCAACUGUUUUGUAUAACGGAUUCGUUACAGUAAUGACAUUACUGUCUAUCAAAAAAUAAGUGUUACUUUAAAAGAAAGUAAACGCAAAGAAAACAUCUGUUUUAAACUAGCUGUAGACUUUGGGAAUCAUAACGGUGCAUAUUUCAUCGUUUCGGGGUGUGGGUUGCUCUAUGAAACAAAGUGUCACUCACGUGAAAGAUCAAGUAGCAGCAAGCCACAGUUUUGACAAUCAGGCUCUAUGGUGGCGUUCUCCAUGAAACUACCACCAUAGUUACAUUUUUGUAUUGUGUGCCAUUUAUGUCACCUAAUGGUCAAGCAGUAACAAAAAAAGAGAACAUUUCAGGAGGUAUUCUGCUAUUUCAAAUCUUUAUUUGUAAUAUAACUGUCCAUAAAGUGUACAGUUAACAGCUAUAGACAGUGAUGUAUCGUGAUGCACAAAGCAGCAUGGCUGCUGUUAAGAAAGAGUCUGAUCCUGCUUCAUACAUUCGAGUUCUUUAACCUCAUGUCUGAAGUGAUCUUUUGGAGGGUUUUGUAGUGAUGCCAAAAAGAUACGUCUGUCGUUGAUGUUGUUGUUUUGAUUUGUAAUCUUGAUGAGAAACCAAAAGCACCCAUUUGCAUUCUCAGGGCUCCAAACUAAAAUGUCCUGAAUUUGAUAGGAUAAUUGAAUCAUGUACUACACAAAAAACUAGCAAUAUAUCUGCAACAUAAAUGCAUGUACCCAUUUAGUAACCUACAGGGUGUUGUGGCUUUUGACAGGAGGAAGCCUCCCCUGGAAGUACAGGUAGAAAUAUAUUUAUUCUGCUCUGGGAGCCCUGGAUGUCGUCCAAGAGGGUAUUUCUCUGUUUGUUUAAUGCCGUUAAGUUUUCUUAAUAUGAACAAUCAUAAUGAUGUGUUGAACUUCACAGAUACUGUUUUUAAUAUCAAAAGGUGUAGAUAUUUCAACUUUUUAAAUACAAUGGUGCAAAUGUGUUUUGUUGGUAAACAAAUUAUUUUAAAAAAACACAAAUUUAAAAACAGCUUGGUAUGGGUGAACCACAUUGGGCAAAAUUUCAAAUCUGGACAGUGUCACUAUAUAUUUGUAACUUUUUAGUGUCAACCAUCGUAUUCAUUUUUUUUUUUAAAAAAUAAAAAGUUACAAAUACAAAAACUAGUUACUUCUCUCUGCAAAAAAAUGUAGUUUUUGUCUGUUUUAAAUAGGAGUAAUUGCUCUUUAAUGUGUGCUGUGGGAAAAUGUAGCUAUUCUAGUUUGGCUAACUACAGAUUUGAUACAAACAUACAGAGAUUUUCUUUAGGAAACUAACCUGGGGGAAAAACAAAAUUAUGUUAAUGAUUUGUAAUUUAUAGAGUUAAACUAAGUCUGAUAAUUGCACUUACUUGCACAUGGAGAUUUCCAGAACGCAAAUAAGAUUAGUUUGAUAAGUAAUGAGUUCUGGUACAGCACCUGCUUGUUUGUUCUGCCUUGCUCUCCCCCAUGGAGCUGCAAUAAUGGUGGAGAUGAUUCGCCCAUACCCAAGCCCAAUAAUCCCACCCAAGAUGGGGGCUUGUUUAGUUUCAUCGAUAUUGCUUGCUGUCAGAAUACAUUAUUUUGUGAAGUUGUUGCACAUCCUCUUGUGUCCACAGUCACCUACCUUUCUGAACUACUACCAAAAACUUUGAGUUUGGAGCCCUUUUAUACAGUAAACUGGCAUCAGUUUUAGUCAUCGAAAUACAGAAUUUAUUAACCAAGUAAUGGAAUCAAAUUGUGUUGGUGGUUCAAAACCACAAUGCCUUUGCACCCCUGGGAUGAAUGCUGUAUCAUAUUUGUAUGCCAUACAUUUUUGCACAUUGUGUAUAGAUUUAUAUAUAUGUAAUGCAUUUUUUUAUAUAUAUAUAUAUAUAUGUAGCACAUUUUAUGAGCUCUACUUUGUAAAUAGUGGCAAAUGUUUAGUUACAAAUUAAAUGUUUGUUAUAUAUCAGCCUUUUUUGUGUCAAUAAAACUGGUGAUGUACUGUGAA